UCCAGUAUACUGUGUACUCUAUGAACCUGUUUUGCCACACCCCUUUUUCCAUACAGAUGCUUCAUCUAUUUCAAAGCAUUGAUUAAAUUAGGUAUAGGUCACUAAACAUUAGCUUCAGUGUUUGACUAAUGCAUUGAUCAGCAAUGGAUCCAUUGUAUGUUGAGUCGAAUUGGGAUGUUGCACUAUUCCUUCAUUCUACCCCUUGAUCCUAGAUGACACAAGUCUGAUUGUGACUGUGUAUGCAGUUUACACACACAACAAAAGCAGGACACGCACUUAACAUAGAUUAAAGGGGCAAUCUGGAAUAUUUACUGCUGCUCAAUGGUCAUUUCAGUUGAAGAUACAAACCCAUUGAUUCUUGAAGAAUAUAACUUAUAACAGCUUCAUGAGCUUAGUUCAACUGUUUUACCUUAUCAUAACCCAAAAUAUAAGCAAAUUGUACUCUUUUUUUUGUCAUUUCAAUUUGUGGUGAAACAAUGUAUAGUUUUGAAAUAUUUGUAUUAUCAUAUUGAUCUCAUGGGCUAUCAGUCCAUCUAUGAAUGUAAACCAAGUGGAGGGACUGCUGUUGGGCUGCAACACAAACUCGGAAUUGUGGCCUUUUGCAGACAAGUAUUAUAAAUCCAGAAUUAGCCAUGGGCUAGCCGCUCACAAAAGCUCAAAGGAUAGGUUUCUUAGACAAAUGGUCUGUUUCUAGAACAUUCUCAUACACACACAAUCUGCACUGUGUCACCAGCUUUUAGUCACACCUCCUGGUAGCUGAGUUAUACUGAACAAAAAUAUCAAUAUAAACUGGGUGGUUCAAGCCCUGAAUGCUGAAUAGCUGAAAGCCGUGGUAUAUUUAUUUUUUGAAUUUUUUUAUUUCGCCUUUUUAUUUAACCAGGUAGGCCAGUUGAGAACAAGUUCUCAUUUACAACUGCGACCUGGCCAAGAUAAAGCAAAGCAGUGCGACACAAACAACACAGAGUUACACAUGGAAUAAACAAGCGUACAGUCAAUAACACAAUAGAAAGAAAAAAUCUAUAUACAGUGUGUGCAAAUGGCGUGAGGAGGUAAGGCAAUAAAUAGGCCAUAGUAGCGAAGUAGUUAAAAUAUAGCAAAUUAACACUGGAGUGAUAGAUGAGCAGAUGAUGAUGUGCAAGUAGAAAUAAUGGUGUGCAUAAAAGUAAAUAAAAACAAUAUGGGGAUGAGGUAAGUAGAUUUGGUGGGCUUUUUACAGAUGGGCUAUGUACAGCUGCAGCGAUCGGUUAGCUGCUCAGAUAGCUGAUGUUUAAAGUUAAUGAGGGAAAUAUAUAAGUCUCCAGCUUCAGCAAUUUUUGCAAUUCGUUCCAGUCAUUGGCAGCAGAGAACUGGAAGGAAAGGACAUGUUGGCUUUGGGGAUGGCCAGUGACAUUUACCUGCUGGAGCGUGUGCUAUGGUUGGAUGUUGUUAUCGUGACCAGUGAGCUGAGAUAAGGCGGAGCUUUACCUAGCAUCGACUUAUAGAUGACCUGGAGCCAGUGGGUCUGGUGACGAAUAUGUAGCGUGGGCCAGCCGACUAGAGCAUACAGGUCGCAGUGGUGGGUGUUUAUAAGGGGCUUUCGUAACUAAACGUAUGCCACUGUGAUAGACUGCAUCCAGUUUGCUGUGUAGACUAUUGGAAGCUAUUUUGCAAAUGACAUCGCCGAAGUCGAGGAUCGGUAGGAUAGUCAGUUUUACGAGGGUAUGUUUGGCGGCAUGAGUGAAGGAGGCUUUGUUGCAAAAUAGGAAGCCGAUUCUAGAUGUAAUUUUGGAUUGGAGAUGUUUACUAUGAGUCUGGAAGGAGAGUUUACAGUCUAGCCAGACAACUAGGUAUUUGUAGUUGUCCACCGCUAAUCGGGCGGGGGGGUGUGGGCAGCGAACGGUUGAAAAGCAUGCAUUUGGUUUUACUAGCGUUUAAGAGCAGUUGUAGACCACUGAUAGAGUGUUGUAUAUCAGACCUUAUACCAUAGGUAUGACAAAACAUGUAUUUUUAUUGGUCUAAUUACAUUUGGUAAUCAGUUUAUAAUAGCAAUGAGGCACCUCGGGCGUUUGUGAUAUACAGCUAAGGGCAGUGUCCUAGCACUCCGCGUCGCAUUGUGCUUAAGAACAGCCCUUAGCCGUGGUAUAUUGGCCAUAUACCACACUCCCUCGGGCCUUAUUGCUUAAACACAAAAUGCAACAAUUUCAACGAUUUUACUGAGUUACAGUUCAAAAAAGGAAAUCAGUCAAUUGAAAUAAAUUCAUUAGGCCCUAAUCUAUGGAUGUCAUGACUGUGCAGGGGUGCAGCCAUGGGUGGCCUGAGAGGGCAUAGGCCCACCCACUGGGGAGCCAGGCCCAGCCAGUCGGAAUGAGUUUUUCCCCACAAAAGGGCUUUAUUAGAGACAGAAAUACUCCCCAGUUUCAUCAGCUGUCUGGGUGUCUGGUCUCAGAAGAUCACACAGGUAAAGAAGCCGGAUGUGGAGGUCCUGGGCUGGAGUGGAUACACAUGGUAUGUGGUUGUGAGGCCGGAUGGACAUACAGCCAAAUUCUCUAAAACAACGUUGGGAGGCAGCUUAUGGUAGAGAAAUUAACAUUAAAUUCUCUGUCAACAGCUCUGGGGGACAUUCCUACAGUCAGCAUUCCAAUUGCACGUUCCCUCAACUUGAGACCUCUGGCAUUGUGUUGUGUGACAAAACUGCACUUUUUAGUCGCCUUUUUUUAUCCCCAGCCAGCACAAGGUGCACCUGUGUAAGAAGGAUCAUGCUGUUUAAUCAGCUUAAUAUACCACACCUGUCAGGUGGAUGGAUUAUCAUGGCAAAUGACUAUUGUAAAUUUACUAUUGUAAAGUGGCUGUUCCACUGGAUAUCUUAAGGUGAAUGCACCAAUGUGUAAGUCGCUCUGGAUAAGAGCGUCUGCUAAAUGACUUAAAUGUAAAUGUAAAUGAGAAAUGUUCACUAACAGGGAUGUAAACAAAUUUUUUUUUACAAAAAUGUGAGAGAAAUAAGCUUUUUGUGAGUUUGGAAAAAUUCUGGGAUCUUUUAUUUCAGCUCAUGAAACAUGGCCCCAACUCUUUACAUGUUGUGUUUAUAUUUUUGUUCAGUAUAUUUAACUAGAGUGGACAAAAACAACAAAACUGUCAUGAAUUAUUUAUUGCUCUCCAAAACAUUUAAAUGCCAAAAUACUUUCAGUUGAAUGAUUUCAGUAAAAUUGAUCAACAGCUAUUAAUAUACCUUUUAGAUAUAACAGCUAUUAUAAAUUCAUAAAGGUUACCAGUGGUCUCAUAAUGCAUUUAUGUCUUACUAUAUGUUGUAUAUUUUAUGUAUCUGUUCAUCUCUGCUAAUCUUCAACAUGGUUCAAACAUUUUCUAAUUUCUCUGUUUGUCCCCUCACAGGUUCCAGAGGGGUCUCCUUUUCUCAGCACAUCACGUGCAGCAAGCCUCUAGAACUGGGGGUGGGCCUGCCCCACUGAUGUUCCACACAACCAUCUCCAGGGAACGGGUCACCGCUGCCAUCCUUCGAUGGCCGUCGUUUGACGGAGAAAACUGUGAAUGCUGAGCAGGCUAGUGAGGUUGGGGCCCGCCCUCAGUCUCCGCUCAUUGGCCGCUGGAUGGAAUUGAGGUGAAUGGAGCCCAUUUCCAACGUCGAGGACCCCAACUCAUCAGAGGGAGAUGAGAAACGGUGGCCCAAUGGACCAAAAAGGAAGAGAAAGAACAGCACAUGUUCGUUGAAGAGCAUGUCUGCACUGAGCCUCUCUGUCCCAGGAUACAUCCCCAGCUACUUGGAGAAGGAUGAGCCGUGUGUGGUAUGUGGAGACAAGGCCACUGGCUACCAUUACCGCUGCAUCACCUGCGAGGGCUGCAAGGGUUUCUUCAGGCGCACAAUCCAGAAGAACCUUCACCCGGCUUACUCCUGUAAGUACGAUGGCUGCUGCAUCAUCGACAAGAUCACAAGGAACCAGUGCCAACUGUGUCGCUUCAGGAAGUGCAUUGCAGUUGGCAUGGCCAUGGACCUGGUGCUGGAUGACUCUAAGCGGGUAGCCAAGCGUCGUCUGAUUGAGGAGAACCGGGAGAAGAGGAAGAAGGACGAGAUCGUGAAGACUCUACAGACACGUCCGGAGCCCGACAGCUCGGAGUGGGAGCUGAUCCGCCAUGUGACAGAGGCCCACCACCACACCAACGCGCAGGGCUCCCACUGGAAACAGAAACGCAAGUUCCUGCCUGAGGACAUAGGUCAGUCCCCCGGGGCUCCCACCCCAGACGGAGACAAGGUAGACCUGGAGGCCUUCAGCGAGUUCACCAAGAUCAUCACCCCCGCCAUCACACGCGUCGUCGACUUUGCCAAAAAACUUACCAUGUUCUCAGAGCUGCCUUGUGAGGACCAGAUCAUCCUAUUGAAAGGCUGCUGUAUGGAGAUCAUGUCGCUUCGUGCCGCUGUGCGCUACGACCCAGAGAGCGAGACACUUACCCUGAGCGGCGAGAUGGCGGUGAAGAGGGAGCAGCUGAAGAAUGGCGGGCUGGGCGUGGUGUCGGACGCCAUCUUUGAUUUGGGCAAGAGUCUGGCACAGUUUAACCUGGACGACUCGGAGGUGGCCCUGCUGCAGGCGGUGCUCCUCAUGAGCUCAGAUCGUUCGGGCCUGACGUCGGUAGAAAAGAUCGAGAAGUGCCAGGAGACGUACCUGCUUGCCUUCGAGCACUACAUCAACCACCGCAAGCACAACAUUCCCCACUUCUGGCCCAAGCUGCUGAUGAAGGUGACAGACCUGAGGAUGAUCGGGGCGUGCCACGCCAGCCGCUUCCUCCACAUGAAGGUGGAGUGUCCCAACGAACUCUUCCCUCCGCUCUUCCUGGAGGUCUUCGAGGACCAGGAAGUAUGAACUGACCCCUGACUUUUGACCUGGAAGAGAUAGAAGAGAGAGGGGGGAAUUAUGAGGGGGAAAGAAAAGGAGUAAAAAUUGGACUCUUUCCUCAUUUUGUGAAACACAGUAUCACCACCAGCAACACGGAUAGUCACCAAGAAAAAAGUCACAGAGAAAAACAAAAAGGCUUUCUUUUGCAUAGCCGUUUUGAUGAUUUAUUUCUGUCCCCUCCUGGCCGCACUUGGGGCACUUAUGGCUGCUGGGCCCCACAUUGAGUUGGGUUGUGGGGCCCCCCUCUGAAGUGAGGUUCUCUGGCUGCAGGACCUCUCUCUGAGUUGGGGUUCUCUGGCUGCACCCCCCUUCUGAGUUAAUGGUCUAUGGCCGCGCUGUGCGUCUCUAUCUAACAGGGAAGCUAACAGCCCUGAGCGAAGUUCUGCUCCUGUGUUGUUAUACACCUGGUGCACAUGUAUGCAAACCCAAACCCCCGAAAUCUGGUUGGAGUACUGGUACUGGUGGAGCUCUGUGUUAGUGGAAGGCAAUCACUCUGAGAGGCAGAUGGUUGACACAAACAUACACACUUACAAUCACACAAUUUUACAAAAUCAAACCUCACACAGACAGCUACUGAUGUACAUCUACAUUCACCUAACACACACACACUACUAUAGAAAAACAUAUUCAUACAGUACAUGGACUGACAUAGCUUUUCAGAGCUGCCGAUCACUCGAGGAGGGCAGAUAGCUUACUUUAUUUUGUCCCACAAUUGAGCUUCCAUCAGGGGGCUCCACCCUACAACCAGCUCCCCUCUUCACCGGCCUCCUCACCAGCCUCCACUGGGACAGUUACCAAGUGUACCCCCACACUUCUCUCUUUUGGACUCUUCCCUUCCACCACUGAUGUGCAGCCCAAACUCCUCCUAGCCAAGACGUGUACUCGUGAACCUACCUCAUUUACACAUAGUUACACAUAUACCUCCCUUUAUGACAAUGCAAACACACAUACCUAUUUAUGAAUGCAAACAAUAUCCAAUUUGUUGUGCAAUAGUGCAAGUGUACCCGCAUGUAUAUACGCAACCCUUUACCCUCACACAUACAAGUACUGUAUACCUAUCUUACUGCAUGUAUACAGUACACCGGUCUACCUGCAUGCACAUACAUACCUCUCUCAACCCGUAUGCAUAUAUAAAUAUACAUACCUGUCAAGCUGAAUACACAUAUAUACAGUAAACAUAACUGUCUACCUGUGUAUAUGUGUACCUCUCCUAUACAUACCUCUCUCUGCGUGUACACACACAAUACAAUAGUUUGCUGUUCUUUUACCUCGUAUGACAGUUGAUCCUCACCUAGGUUGUGUCAUUCCACCCAUCCCAAACCUCCACUACAUCUUCCUUUUGGGCUGCACUGCACUUCCUGGUUGCAGACUGUGUGUGUCUCCUCUAUGUUGCCCUGCCCAUCACACAGGACUCCCGCCCCCUCUGAUGUGGGAUUGGUUGAGGGACCGGGGGGGUGUCACUGACAGAUUCUACCUCGCCUCUCAUGUCAGAGCAGCUGCCCCUCUGAGUGCAAAACAAAUACACUUCCACAGUUGCCAAUAUAGACCUGUUUGGUCCCCUACUACACCGUUCAGUAUGGUUCUAUGACCCCUGAAAUGUGAGAGGCCGCAGAUCUUUUACACUUUUUUCUUUUUGAAGUAUUUUAUCACACAGGACCAAGUCUCAUACUGGAUUCCUCUAUGUAUGUUCAAGACAGGACAAACAACAAACCCACUGGUGGUAUAAAUAUUCUCUGUCUGAUGACAAAACUCAAAGGAAACUUUAUUUCGAAGGAAAAGACAGACAGUACACCUUGGAAGCCAAAUGAGCUCAAUGGAUGGGCCAGGCCAAAGCGUUGUUAUUGUGGUAAGAAAACACGAAAAAGACUCCAAUCUUUAACUCAGUUCAGCUGUAUUCACCUGUGGAUGGAUACCCUGGUUCUCAAUGUGGCAGGUCCAGAGACAAGACAAGACCAAGAGUCCUAGCCGAUGCAACCUGUCACAUAAUGUACUUUAUACAGCAUCAUUCACAGUAGCAACCCCCUUUCUCCUAAAGUGUAAAAAGUGGUUGCCCCAGAGAGCCACAAAGCCUUUGAGAUGACUCUUUGAUUGUCCUCCCCACACAUCCAAUCCUACACCCAGCCAGCUAUGAGCUUUCGCUACAUGUCCCCCUCCCCUCUCCUUCAAAGCCAUUGAUGGGUAUUUGUUUUGCACUAAAGUGAUGCCUCCCCCUGUAUUUUCCCUGUAUAUGCCUUCUGUUGCUAUACCUCCCUUCUCCUGCAGUCUUACCCUAAUCCCUAGCUUCAGCACGGUGCCUAACAUUCUGUCACUAAACACACAGACACACACACACACACACACACACACACACACACACACUCUCUCUCAGUAUUACCACAAGGGGAUUUAAAGGAACCUAGAAAAUAGGAUGUCAUUCAAACACAUACGCAGAGAUGUGAUAUGGCUCACUUGAAAAAGAGAUGCCGAUCUCAAUGUGACUUUAAUGCUUAAAUAAAGGAUACAUAAAAGAUAUGCAGCAUAAUGAUAAUCAACUCUUUAUCACUGUGAAUGAGCCAGGCUUUGACCAGACGGUUGGUUUGGAUAAGGUGUAGAAUAGGGUUGGCUUUAGCUGGGAACGACAUGGAAAUGUUCCCCAGAGGGAUCGUGAUUAACAACAUGUAGAAGAAAGGGGAGCUUUUCCACACAGCCAAUGGUCCCCAGACUACUGACAAUCUCACACAGAAUCAGACUCACCAGCACCGCAGAUCACACUGCCUUCAGACACCAUCAAUCACACCAGCACAGCUGAUGGAUCCUCAGGCUCUCGCUGGCCAUCCUCGUGCCAGGACAGUGUGGAUACAAUCAACCGACAAAUGUUAUCUUAGGUAUGUCCUUCCACGCUACCCCCACAUUCUCCCAUUCUCCACAUUGUUUCUAUUGCACCACCUUAACUAACCACACUACUAAACCAGGAAUAUCACCUACAUUCUAGAACUUAACACAUUUCUUCCCGGACACAAAUUAACUUCUUUAAAUGGAGAAUCUCCAUCGAACACGCUUCUUAGUACAGAACUAGGCUUAAUCUGGGUCCAGGAAACUAGCCCCAAUCUCCCCCCUCCCCUUUAAGACAAUCUCAUGCUUUGCACUCACUCGCUUUAACCUCCCCAUAACUCCUUCCUCCCCACAACAUGGCUGUCUUGCUCCCCUCUGAACAUCCAAUCGAACCCCAAGCAAAAGCAGCACUUAGAGAGGAAAGGAAAUCCCAGGUAUAUGAAUGAUAUGUCGUCAUGAGGAAUGUAAAAAAAAUAUUAUAAUAAUAUUUCACCUUUAUUUAACCAGGUAGACCAGUUGAGAACAAGUUCUCAUUUACAACUGCGACCUGGCCAAGAUAAAGCAAAGCAGUGCGACACAAACAACACAGAGUUACACAUGGGAUAAACAAACGUACAGUCAAUGACACAAUAGAAAAAUAUAUAUACAGUGCGUGCAAAUGUAGUAAGAUUAGGGAGGUAAGGCAAUAUAGGCCAAAGUGGCGAAAUAAUUACAAUUUUGCAAUUAAACACUGGAGUGAUGGAUGUGCAGAAGAGGAAUGUGCAAGUAGAGAUACUGGGGUGCAAAGGAGCAAAAAAAAUAAUAACAAUAUGGGGAUGAGGUAGUUGGGUGGGCUAUUCACAGAUGGGCAGGUGCAAUGAUCAGUAAGCUGCUCUGACAGCUGAUGCUUCAAGUUAGUGAUGGAGAUGUAAGACUCAAGCUUCAGUAAUGUUCGCAAUUGCUUCCAGUCAUUGGCAGCAGAGAACUGGAAGGAAAGGCUUUGGGGAUGACCAGUGAAAUAUACCUGCUGGAGCGUGUGCUACGGGUGGGUGCUGCUAUGGUGACCAGUGAGCUGAGAUAAGGCGGGACUUUACCUAGCAAUGACUUAUAGAUGACCUGGAGCCAGUGGGUUUGGUGAUGAAUAUGAAGCGAGGGCCAGCCAACGAGAGCAUACAGGUCGCAGUGGUGGGUAGUAUAUGGGGCUUUGGUGACAAAACGGAUGGCACUGUGAUAGACUGCAUCCAAUUUGCUGAGUAAAUUGUUGGAGGCUAUUUUGCAAAUGACAUCGCCGAAGUCAAGGAUUGGUAGGAUAGUCAGUUUUACCAUGGUAUGUUUGGCAGCAUGGGUGAAGGAUGCUUUGUUGCGAAAUAGGAAGCCGAUUCUAGAUUUAAUUUGGGAUUGGAGAUGCUUAAUGCGAGUGUGGAAGGAGAGUUUACAGUCUACCCAGACACCUAGAAUAUGUGGACAACUACAAAUACCUAAGUCAGAACCGUCCAGAGUAGUGAUGCUAGACGGGCGGGCGGGUGCGGGCAGCGAUCGGUUGAACUAGAGAAAUGAAAUAGAGAAGUCCCAGACUGAAAAUGUUGUACACUAAUAAGUGUCGUUCUGCAUAUUUGUGAACUGGAUGGAUGGAUAUUGGAUGAUGUCACACUUCCGGGUUGAAAUACUUUUUGGGUGACAGAUUGAUCUCAAUAAAGUAUUUUACAUUUUUUGAAAAAGAGACUCUGUUAGGACAAAGCUCAGAAACGGAGGGAAAGAAAAGACGACUUGGAUAAUUAUGUUGAGUUUUUUUUUGUUAUGAUUAUUGUUGUUUGUUGUUUAGCAUUUUAUUGAAUUGCUCAGUUAAUGUCUGUGAUGUCAGAGCUUGUCUGAUAUGAUGCUUUACUGUGUAAAACAAACAGCUCUAGACACUUUCUGAACAUCUGUGCAGUCUUAAAUGGCCCCCUAUUUCUGACGCUGACUAGCUCUUCAUGAAACUUCACUUUGAUCUCAGCUGGUUUGUAUUGUUCGCUCAAGGUGGAAGACCCCCUUAACUCACUGACCUGGGUUCUGCUCUAACCAAUCUUAACCUUGAUCUAUAGAUGGGUUAAAGUAAAACUGACUUUACAUGACAACUUGGUGGAAACGUCACCCCAUGAAUUUGCCGUCUGUCUGUCUAAAUGUAAACGUUUUUUAAGAAAAAGUAUUACUGUAAAAAAAGAAAUGAGCUAUAAAAAUUACAAAACAGAAACCAAAAAAGAGAGAUUUAAACAACUAUUCAUACCUCAGACAAUGAAGUGGAAACAGAAUGAAAAGGAGUUGUGGUUCGCAUGCAUGGAUAGCCAGCCGCUGUAUCGUACGCUCACAUUGUUUGUGUGAAGCUUCUUGACAGGAACUGUAAAUAAAAUGACACCAUCUUAAAUUCAAGCGGUAUUUGAGGCUUUUGACAUUCGCUCUGAAGUGUAGUUUCUCACAACCACUUCCUCUAAUAGGCUCAGGAUAGACUCACAGGAUCAGGAGAUGUUUAGGGGAGGUUCCCUCCACAUAGUGUGUAUUAGGAUGGUUCUGUCCUGGCUCAGUAUUGAAUGGAGCUCAACAAGAUCUAUGUCACAACUCUUGUUUAUGUCCCUCAUCACUGUCUAACCAAGCCUGGUCCCAGAUUAGGCUGUCUUGUAACUCCUAUGGUCAUUAUCACGGCAAAUUGGAAAGACUGCACAAACCGGUCUGGAGGCAUGCUAACCCUAACCCAUAACGCUAGACAAAUCAUACAGACAUUGCUGCUCUGCAGAAUGCGAUAGUGUUUCUUGUGCUCAGACACUCACUGAUCGAUUAUUUUUGUUAGAUGUUUCAUAGGUUAUGACAAAAAAAACAUACAUCGAGAGAUGGUUUCAUCGCAGAGCUCUUUUUAUUUGUAUUGUUAAAAAGUUAGACUUACUUACGUCAAACGUUGUUAACGUUCAGUUUCUUACUUGGGUACGUUUCCCUUCCGCAACCUGCUCCUGAGACAAUUAUUUUUAUGAAAUCAGCCAUUGAACUAUGUCCAAACAAUCUUAAGCGGUGUGCUUUCUCUUGUCUCAACUUACCGUCAUGAACACUGGUCUGAAAGGACCAUAUAAAUGAAAGCAGUAUGGUGGAAACUCAUCCAUUUCCUGUCAAUUUCCAGUGGUAAUCAUUAGUCAAGUACAGUAUAUAGAAUGGGAGAUUGUGGGUUAGCUGGGAGCGAACACAGUAUAGGCAGAGGGAAAAGUCCAAUAACUACUCCUGUGUUUCUCAAUCCUGGUCUUUGGGUUGGCAAGGCAAGAGUAUUGCCCAAAUAUUGCUGACAAGCAAAUGACCCUCUUGAGGUUUCAGUUGAACACUUAUCUGCUCUUCCCACCAGUUGAAUGGUGUAGAGCAUGUCUGAUUGGAGAUGGGUGGGAUAGUAACGUUUCUAUACUCAACUCAAGGACCGGGAUUGCGGAAACACUUUUAUACACCAUAUUGGUUCUGGUAAAAAAGAGAAACAUCUGAAAUUUCCAAUGAGACAAACUGUGUAGAGGUGUUAACAAAUUUGCUCAGGUCUGACUCAAUGUUAUGUAGAGUGGUGAACGGAGGCUAUAGAAUUCUGUGUUUGUGGGAGGUGGUUGAAGAUACAAUUACUAAUGUGAUGAGUAGGCCUAAAGUCGGUAACAGUAGUCACUGCAGUGCAGCCUAAUAAAUUAAUUUAAUUCACAACUGUUUGAGCCUACGGAAAGAGGGGAGAUGCAGAUUGUACAAUAUUAUGUCUAUCUGGCCUGGUGGUUAUAUAGUAUAACAUUUUUUUAUAAUGUUAUACUAAUGUUAUACUACAGCACAGAGUCUGUGAGUGAAGGGGGCUGGGAUUCUGGGAAUAUGUUUGCUCACCGUGGAUGGCAGAUGCGCUCCGCUGGUCACUCAAUUUUGGGAGAUUUGGUAGCCUAACUACAGACAGAUUAGGGUCUUUUUCUUUUCAGCCAUAGCCAUUUGACUUCAAAACUGUGUUUUUCCAGCAAUUGUAUUUUGAAAUAUAAGGCCAAUUUUAGCUGCUGUUUACUGACAGCCACAACUCCACAAUCAGCUGUUUGAAAUUAAGCCAGCUGCCCAAAUUGCAGGCUGUGUGGCCCACACUUGUGAUUAAAACAAUUCACAGCUAUUUUGUAAAAGAUUGUAUUAAUCCUCAGUGGCUACAUUAUCCUCUCUGGUGUAGUAUUUUGAAUUAUUUUAUUUAUUUAGGCAUAUGUACAAACAGGACUAAUUAUUUAAUUUUGGCACGUUUAAUAAUGAUUUAAUCUUGGCAAUUUACCAGUUGGUGCUGCACCUACUUCCCGCGGCUAUGGUCAUGUUCCUAAUGAAGGCACAAAAUGUGAGAAACUGUUUCGAAGUCGAAGUAGCCUACUAGAAUGACCUUUCGAAUAAGAGUUCUCAUUUUGGUUUUCCCUUAGAAAAAGGUAUUGAUAGUGAAUGCGACCGCAGGUUGUCAGGUUAUAGAUUCAGCACCCCUCAGUUUGUUUAACUUAGCUUAUUUUUAAGAUUUAUUUCAAGAGUUUAGAAGUGACAAGGUGAUACAGAGGUGGAGAAGGGAGGAAGUUGGAACAGACAACUCGGGGUUGAACCCAGGUCUCCAGCGUGUGUUGAGAGUGGGGGGUGUUACCACUACACCAUAUCUGCCACUUAACUGGGCUUUUGAUACAUGCAAGAUAGCCAACAAAUCAUAAAGUUUGGACAGAUAAUCUCUUCAUAUGGUAUUAUUGCUUGAGAAAAAGCAUAUAUUAUAACUAUGCAAGUUGAUGCACAGUAGAGGUUCUUCUUGUCUUUUUUUCCCCAUUUUGAUGGCCGCUUGUUGACACUUCUUCUCUUAUAAAACUGCAAUUUUAGCUCAAGUGAAAGCACCGGAUGCAAGCCUCAAUGUGUGUCUCCCCCAGAAAAACACAACCUCAUGCAGUCAUCAUCAGGUUCUCAGCCUAGGUCCUACAAGUAUAAAAGUUAUAUAAACGUUACUGUUGUUAACCCAUGUGGCUAUGUUGUGCCAAGGUUCUUAAUCAAAUAUUAACUUUCAGGGGUUUUGUCAGAAUAAAAUGUAAAAAAGUAUAUAUAAUGGAAUUGUACAAACAGUGUACUACUACGACACAAACACACACGAGACAAUUCCGGAAAUGCACUGUGAUUCCUGUCACCUGCUGCUCAAGCCAGUGUUCUGUUCACGUUGCAUAUAUUAUAUUGACGGAUGGUGUUAUGUCCGAUAUCUGUUGGGCUGACUGGUCCAAACAAUCAACCAGCGCAAUUGUAAAAUGUGGUUUUGAGAUUUCUGUUCAUUGUUUUAAAAGAAAAUAUUUGUAUGGUUGUUGUUGCUAGUCUACUCGCAAUAUAUGUAUCUAAUAAAUACAUACUGUCUUUCUGUCUUUA